AUGAUUGGGAAUAACACUUCAUCGAAGUUUAAUAGUGUAAAUUUCGUUGAUUUUAUAAAUCCAAAUUUAUUGCAUCCACCAUCAAGAAAAAUAUAGCUAAUAGAACAAGUUAAAACUGUUAAGUUACUAAAGAGUUAUCGAAAAAUUCCAUAACUAGUAACAGAAUUAUAAUCUCCAAAUAUCACGAAUAGUUAAAGGAAUAAAAAUGAAUCCAUUUGUUCAUUACAAUAGUCGUAAUAAAUUCAUGAUAAAGACAGAUAAAUAACUAAAAAUGAAAAUGAAAUUUCUAAUAAAACUAGAUAAAAUAAUCCAUAAAACAGUUUACCACAAAUUUCUUUAGCAUUCGUUAAUAUUCAAACUAAAUUAAAUGAUCUAAAUCAUACAAAUAAUAUUAUACAGUCACCAUAAAACAGUGAUACUAAAAGAUCUCUUAUUCCUCCUAAAUUAAAAUCAAGUAGUAAUGUGUCAAUUAAAAAUUAUACUUGUAAUUCUACUACGACAGGAAGCAGUAAAGAAUCUUGUUCUCAAAUAGGAAAUUAAUUAUAAUUUAAUCUUCCAAAAAAUAUUAUAUUUUCUUAUUGUGGUUCACCUAGAAAAAGGAAGUUAAAUGUAACAGCUAAAAGCUUCACAGUUUAUGAUUGUAUUGAGCAUAAAAUAAUUCUUAAAAGAAAAAGUAAUAAAAAGGUUGAAGUAGCCAGUUUAACUAAAAUAAUGACUUUUUAUGUAACUUUGCUAAUAGUUGAAUUAUUCAAUCUAAACUUAAAAGAAAUAAAAGUGAAAGUGACAAAAAAAGCAUCUGAGACUAUUGGCACAACAGCUGAAUUAAAAUAUAAUGAUAUUUUAUCAAUAGAGGAUUUACUUUAUGGCUUAAUGUUACCUUCAGGAAAUGAUGCUGCAGUUCUUAUUGCAUAAACUAUCGGAACGAUUAUGUAAAAAUAAUAUAUCUAUUGACUUGAUUAGAUUGUUUAAUUAAUACAAUAAGAAACUUGAUCUUAAAUUAAUUGAUAUAGAGCAACUAAGUGCAGAUGGAUAUUAUUAUAAUCAUUAAUUUAGAUUUUAAUAUUGUCCUAUUGAAGUUUUCAUCAAAUAAAUGAACUUAUAUUCACAUUAAAUAGGAUAGUAGAAUACUCAAUUUGCUUGCGUACAUGGUUUGGCUAAUGAAGAUAAUGUAAAAUAAAGGAAAUAAAUUAGUAUUCUUGCUGCAAUGAUAUCAUAACUCUCUCAAUAGAAUGCUUAAAGUAUGAACUAUUCUAGACAGUAAUUUCAUGUAAAGAAUACGUUCUAAAGACGCUUCAAAAAUAAUAUGAAUGGAAAAACACAAACAAAUUAUUAGAUAAAGGGUUUUUUGGAAUUAAAACUGGAAUUACUGAUUCUGCUGGACCUUGUUUAGCAAGUGCAUAUCGUUCAAAUGAGAUGGAUUAUUACAUUAUUGUAGUAUUAAACUGUAAAAACUUAAAUAUGAGGUUUGAUGAUACAAUCAUUUUACUUUAGCAUGCAAAAUAAAAAAAAAUGAUCACUUGA